AUGCCUAUUCGUGUUAUUUGGCCGAUAUUUGGGGUUGGUGACGGCCCCUGCAACGAAUGGGACGGCACAGGGAAGCGGUGGUUCAAGAUCUUCGAGGCGGGGCACAUCGCGGCCGGGGUCCCGGGGGCGAUCGACCCGGGCGUUCCCAAGGGUCUGGGCACGCACGGCCGGUCGUGGCACAACUACUACAUCAACGAGGUGCGGGUUCCCGGCGCGCUCAAGGCCGGCAACUACCUCAUCCGCCACGAGGUCGCCGACCUGCAGGACGGCUUCAACCACUGGGCCUACUGCGCCCAGCUCGCCGUCCCUUCCGACGAGUACCUCGCCGCCUUCCUUCCCCGGCAUCUACGCCACCGACACCCCCGCCAUCUUCCCCGCCGGCUUCAUCUCGCCCCCCCUCCCCCUCUGGUAAUUAUCUUCUACGUUGUAGUACUUAAGCAUGCUGACAUUACCUCCUCUCACCAGAACCACACAAUGGCCGGCCCGCCAGUAACUAUCGCCUGCUGACGCGCGAAGUAAACGAUAUCUCUCCUGCCUCUCUAUCUCUGGAAACGUCGGUUUGGAUUUCAUCCUACUCCAUCCAUUUAGUUAUCUUGACUAAAGCAAACAGCGGCCCCCCCCUUCGGCGUCAAUUGUCCCAGCCGCGGCUUAGUUUUUCUAGUCCAACCAGGUAGCAAUCCUCAUGGGCGACAGAAGGAUACAAUUCCUACCUAUCCAAUACCUAUCUAGUUGGGUAGGUAGGUAGUCAUGGCUACCUUCUGCUGGCAAAAGGGGGGUGCCAGUUGUAAAUAAACUAGCUGGGCAGGUACCUAUCUAACCUAGUAUGUAAGACAUGCUCCU